CCGACUCACGGGUGGGGGAAGCAGGGGGGAGGCGCCGACCAGUGGCCGCUCCGGUAAGGUUAAUGAGGAUGUCGAGAGCAGAUUCCAGCAUUUGGCAAACAGAGCCAUGGAGGCAUCGCUGGAUUGUAAGGUUAAUGAGGAUGCCGAGAGCAGAUUCCAGCAUUUGGCAAGUUCACUACAAAAUGAUGGUAUGCAGUUAAACAGAGCCAUGGAGGCAUCACUGGAUUAUAUGUCUGGAAACAACUACGCCGCAGCCUCUUCUUCGCAGAUGCUAAACGUGGGUGAUGAAGCUGUGGAACUGUCGUCACGUCAUGACGGUCCCAACAUCUUGGGCACAUACAAGGAUGGGCAGAACAACUACACAUCCACUGGUCAUGACGAGUCCGGCACCGCCACAAAUCCUGAAGAUGCGACCGAUCGCGAUGAAGGGACCGGCCAAGGGGGCCAGGCAGCUGGACAACCCAAAAGGCAACGUAAGCCUAGGCGCCGAAACAUGCUCGGCACUAAUAGGAUUGUUAUCAACCGAGUGUCUGAGGAGGGUCUACCUGUUAGUCCCAAGAAGGCCUACAUGAAGGCCCUAGGCUGCAUCCUUCGCGAAACUGUGAGCAUUAAUGAAACCAAUCUCAGGUCGAAAGCGAACGAGAAUUUGCGAGCGCUCCUCAUAUCGAAGCUGCACACUCAUUACAAGUUCCCGGAUGAGUCCCUAGACGAGACCACUCCGGUAAAUAACAGAGCCCUCUGCAAGUGGUCCAAGCUUUUGAGUAGUUGGAAAUCCAAGGCCAAAAGCGAAUACCUUAAGAAAGAUUACGAAACUGAGAUAAAAAAGAUCUGGCCUUUGGUUUCCGAGGAGGACUGGAACCUGUUCAAGCAGCACUGUGAGACCCCUGAAGUCAAGGAGAUGGAAAAAUGGGGAAAGGAUAUGUGGGCUAAGAGCAUUGGUAACCGCACCCUUGGCAGCCGUGGUUACCCAGGGAAGAAGCCAAAGUGGGACAAGCAGGACACUGAGUUCGGUGCAGCUGGCAACUAUCCUGUCAUGGUGCCAGAGACGAGUAGGAGGGUGCACGCAUCGGAGACCGCGUUGCCCUCGGCGCAGCACCCUCGACUCACGCGCGCUGGAAGCAGGGUGGAUGCACCGACCAGUGGCCGCUCCGGUCAGGUUAAUGAGGAUGUCGAGAGCAGAUUCCAGCAUUUGGCAGGUUCAGUACAAAAUGAUGUUAUGCAGUUAAAGGCAGCGACCGGAGAGGACGAGGGAGGUGUGCACAUCCAAGACCUUGUUGUCGUCGUUCCACGAAUGACGAGGAGGAGGGCGAGGGAGGCAUGCGCACCGGAGACUGCGUUGCCGUCGUUGCAGCGCACUCGACUCACACGCGGUGGAAGCAGGGGGGAGGCCCCGACCAAUGGCCGCUCCGAUAUUUCUGGAAACGACUCCGCUGCAGCCUCUUCUUCGCGGACGAUAAGCGCGGGUGAUGAAGCUGUAGAACCGUCAUCACGUCAUGGCGGCCCCGACGCCUUGGGCACAUACACAGAUGGGCAGGACGACUACACAUCCACUGUUCAUGAUGAGUCCGGCACCGCCACAAAUCCUGAAGAUGCAACCGAUCGCGACGAAGGGACCGGCCAAGGGGACCAGGCAGCUGGACAACCUAAAAAGCAACGCAAACCUAGGCGCCCAAACAUGCUUGGCACCGAUAGGAUUGUUAUCAACCGAGUGUCUGAGGCUGGUCUACCUCUUAGUCCCAAGAAGGCUGAACAAGGUUACAGUAAUGGCCUAGGCUGCAUCCUUCGCGAAACCGUGAGCAUUAAUGAAACCAAUCUCAGGUCGAAAGCCAAUGAGAAUUUGCGAGCACUCCUCAUAUCGAAGCUGCACACUCAUUACAAGUUCCCGGAUGAGUCCCUAGACGAGACCACUCCGGUAAAUAACACAGCCCUCUGCAAGUGGACCAAGCUUUUGAGUAGUUGGAAAUCCAAAGCCAAAAGCGAAUACCUUGAGAAAGAUUACGAAACCGAGAUAAAAAAGAAGUGGCCUUCGGUUUCUGAGGAGGACUGGAACCUGUUCAAGCAGCACUGCGAGACCCCUGAAGUCAAGGAGAUGGAGAAAUGGGGGAAGGAAAUGCGGGCAAGGAACAUUGGUCACCACACCCUUGGAAGCCGUGGUUACCCAGGGAAGAAGCCGAAGUGGGACAAGCAGGACGCUGAGUUUGCUGCAGCAGGCAUACCAAACCCCUUCAAGGAAUUUGAAAACCCGCGUGAAAAUGAUUACAUCAGGGGCCGGUGCAAAUACGAUGAAGAGACUAAGACAUGGGUAUUGGACGAGAAGACGGCGAAAGUCAAGGAACUCCUGAGGCAGUAUCAUGUGGAAUCUCAAAGCUCCCAGGAGUCGGAGUCCUCGGCAAGGUGGGACGACCCUCUGAACAGGUCGAUCAACGUGGUGCUCGGCAAGGACCCGAAAACGAGGCCGGCUUAUGGUCGUGUGAACGGCGUCGGGCUGAAUGAAAAAUGGGACACGCAUUAUCCCGAAGACCGCGAGCUUGCGAGGCAGAGAAGGAGAGCCGGCCGAGCUAGUUUUGAAUCCAGAUUGGCUGGAAUGAGAGAAGAACUUAAAGAAGAAAUGAGAGAGGAAGUCGAGGUGAAAGCCAAAGCCAUGGCGACAGCACAAGUCAUGGAAAUGUGGCCCGAUCUAAUUGAGGCCGUCAAGCGAAGUUUAGCAUCGGGGCAAACAGCGCCACCAUCAUCCUCUGUCACGUUGGCGCCGGCCAAUGUCAUUUUGGAGAAAGAGCCGCGUCCUGGUGCACAUCAUAGCAGCCGCUCUGCCCCUUUCAUGGGCUAGAGAUCGUCGCUGGCUGAUGUCGAGCCCUAACGGAAGACACUGCGCGCACUCUCCUCGCCAGGGUGAAGGACCAAACGGCACGAUGCUGAACCUAAUAAGUUUGAUGCAAGUUUGGAUUUUCAUCUUCUUCAUACUUUGUGUGGAAUACUGCUAUGUUACAUUGGCUGCUAGGGCUCAUUAUUAUGUUUGUGUUCAUCCUUUGUUGAGAGAGGACUCCCUAGUUUGUAUGUACCUUUUGUGCCUGGAGAAGUAUCUAUAAUGACCUUUGAAUAAACUGAAUUUCGAACAUGCACUUCUAACAAGAAUCCCUUUAUACA